AUGUCAACUGAAGGUCUCAUGUCCGGGAAACAAGCGAAAGAGCACUCGGAACUGCUGCUGAACAAGGAGUUUCGAGCGGUCUACCGUAGAAUAAUGGGCGAUACGAAGGAGAAAGUGAACAUUCGACAGGCGUAUACGGUCAGUUCUUUUGAGAGUUUUCAUGAAAGAGCAUCUUGCAGAUUCUGAACUGUUCUGGCAAAAAUGUGAGAUCGGAUCAGUUGAAUGAGCAAUGGAAGUAUUUGGAGGGUAAGUAAGGGAGAUUGAGUGGAGGAAGAGAAAGAAAAAGUUAAGAGAAGAUUGGAGUGGAUAGACUUUUCGAUAUUUACAAGAAGAUUGCGGACAUGGACUAUGAAGGUGUAGAGUAUGAAAGAGCAACACGGACGAAGAAUAUGACGGUGUCCAAUAUUAUGAACUCGCUCGUUAGUUUUCCCAAAUCAGAAAUAUACAAAAGUACAGCUGCAGAAGGAAGGAACACUCGUCAACAAACAAUAUCUGGAAUACGUGCUGCAAGACUUUGUCACCGAAGAGGGAUUCGUGAACAUUCCGUCGCUUCUGGAUGUAGUUUCCCAGUCGAAAGAUGACAUUGUGAAGAAGUUGCUGAGUCCUUCGGUGCAAGAGAACGAAGUGGAAUUCAAAGUGAGCAUUCAGAAGAAGAGCACAUCUUGAAUGCCGAAUCAUUUUCAGUUGAAAGUUCGCGGAUGCAUCACUAUCGAGCCCGUUAUUCAGAGCAUUGCGUUCACAAUCGAUAUCGAUCAGCCCACUUUCUGUGAAAUUACUCUCAAAUUGGCGGAAAACAGUAAGUUCGCUCUUCUCAGGGUCUCCCUGACCGUAUUUUUCUUAAGGUGACGUUCCGCAAGACAUGUUCGACAAUGAUUUGUUCCUGGUUGUUUAUAAUCAGAAGGAAGAGUUCGUGGGAUUGACACGACACGUUUCGGAAGAGAAGACGUACAGCACAGGGAUGAUGACUGUGAAUCCGGGCGAUGAAGUGAUGGUCUUCGGGAUGGGAACGACGAUGAAACGGAAGACGUCGGCGGUGGAAAAAGCAGAGCUCGUGGGCGAGAACAACAAAUUGAGCAAGAAGUUCCAGUGAGUCGAAUCUCCCGGCGAACGUAUCUGACGCUUCUUACAGAUGCACAUUAAUGAACAUAUUCGACUCGUACGACGUGGACCAGGACGGAUUUCUGAACUUUGAAGAGAUGAAUUUUUACACAACGGCGAGUGAAGACACGAAACUGAAGAAGGAGGACUGGGACCUCUAUCUGAGCAACUUUGAUCAUCGGGACGGCAAGCUGACCAUGAAGGGAUUCAUACAGAUCCACGAGAUGGAGGCGAUGGACCAGGAGGGGAACACCAUCCAGGACCUGUGGACGUCCCUCAAGAACCUCGGCUACGACUCUCAGUUGCGUUCUUCGUUCGGAUGCUCGUACGAUGUGGAAGUGCACACGAGCAGGCCGAUCCGAUUGAUUCCGCGAUUGCAGAGAGUUGUCAAGGAGCACAGAUCAUUGUCAGUUUCCAUUUGAAACUAAAAAUAAUUGAAAUAUUUCAGUAUUCUGGAGAACUUUUACCGUUUGGGAGAGGAAGACACUCGGUUUGAAAUUCGUCCGCGGCUAUUCAAAACCGAUUAUUUCGGCAUUCUGAUAGCGAAAAGAGAAGAGCGGAAUGCGAAUGAGACGUACAGAAUAAUGCUCACUUCGAGCGAGCACAUCAAAAUAAACUUUCCGCAUAAAAUAAAAGAGGACAUCAAGUUUCAGGACUCGGACAGCGAAUGGGUAAGAACGGCGGAGAGCACUCACAAGAAUGUGCUCCUUCCAGGUGCUGCUCGCUUCGUACACGAUCACAGACCCUGAGGCUCAAAUCGAUUACACUUUGCACCGAGUUCAGAGCAAAUCUUCGUCUCCGUCACUGCUCAGAGCUUGA